AUGCUGAGCUUAAUCCAACGUUCGUCGCUUAUUGGCCUCCGAGGUCAUCCAGCCAUUUCAAUUUCACCAAGAAUGGUUUCCAAUAAGAUCACUGAUGCAUACAAAAGCAAAGUGGUGAGAAUUUUUGCAAUUUGUGUGGUUGCCGUUCUGGAAUCGGCUCAGUCAGAUGCCAGUGAAGCUACCGGCUAUGCCACAAAGGCAUCAUUCGAUCAGCAGAUGAAGUCGCAGAGAUUCCGCGGCGCCGAUGCAGGUAGGACGAUAUUCUAA